UGGUUACUUAGUAUAGUCUUGAACAUUAAGCAUAUAUUGGACAUUGAAAGUACUGACAUCUGGCGGCGCAAAGUUUCUCGUGAGGAUGUCGCUGUCGAAGUAUAUCUCCCCUCCCUUGACUUCUCUCCCAUUGUGCUUACCCCGUUAUUAUGGCGGUGUGAUUCUAGUGGGUGUGAGCGCAUUCGGGUUAAACAUUUACUUCGCCCGCCGAGUUGUGCAAGCUCGCAAAGAACACAAUGUUGAGUUGCCUAUUAUGUACCACCCUACAAACAAAUUAUUCAACUGCAUCCAAAGGGGUCAUCAAAAUUAUCUAGAAGUUCUCCCCUUUUUCCUCAUGGCGUUGUUUGCGGGUGGUUUGCGAUAUCCGCGAACUUAUACUGCAUGUGGUGUAGUAUUUCUUCUUGGUCGCCUACUAUAUUUCCAGGGAUACGCAACCGGAGGUAAGCGAUUCUCCGCUUGAGAGUUUGUGCGCCUUAAAUCUUGUAUAUCGAUCAGUAACCCAGUCUCCCUAUUUUGGGGGAACGGCACAGAAACUGCCAAUUAUCACUGAAAUCUGGGUAGAACCCCAGAUUCGGGAUAUGGCGAAAUUGUCGGAUUACUGUUUAGUGUGAUGUAAGACGGUAUAUACAUAUUUUAUGUCUGUUCUAGGUCCCGCGGGUUUAUCGGAUUAAUUUCAAUUCUUAUGACGAACUCGAGCGACUUGUUGCGUAACACUGAAACUUCUUGAACUCCAUUUAACCACUUAAAAACAAUAUGCAUAAAUGUAUGGCUUUUAAUCCUAAUAUAGUAUUUAAACUCUAGUAUUAGGAUUAGGUUGCACAGUUUACGGUUGGGGUCGAAAUUAUGACCUCGAAUUCACGGUCAUGAUUAUUCGAACACAAAUACUGGUACAAGGGGCACCAAAUUUAUAUGCGCCACACGGGCCUUACGCUUAGCAUGUGUCCCAUAAUCCGGAACUUUCACUCUAGCCCUGAAUCGUAAACUCCAUUGUGAACCUGAACCCUAGUCGUAAAUGUUUGUAUCCAAAGUCCUCUGCUUUCCAAACUACUUAAUAUUCUUUCAUGAGUGGGAUUAUCCACAAAACAACCGGUAGACAUCAUUUCGGUUAAUUUAUUCACCAUAAACUUGCUCGUUCUGAAUAGGGAUUUGAUCUAAACACAAGCUUCUAGUUGUUGCAACGCAUGACCAGUUGAAGUUAAUCAAGGCUGAUAAGAAUCAAAGGUAGGGUUUGAGUUUUAACUCUCAAAACAAGUCUCCUUGGUAACAAAAAUAUUGUAGUGAGGAUCAGAACGGUUAUUUUAGUCAAUCAUAAUAUAAACGAUGAGCAGCUUGGUUAAUAGUAUUCUCCUGUGUACUUCUUUCAUGUUACACAAGUUGGUGGUAUGAUAUGCUUAUUAUUCGUCAACUUAUUGAAAGGUAUAUAUGUACUUAUUUCUUUUUUACUUUGGAAGACCCAGCAAAGCGUCAUAAAGGUGCUAUCUCCAUGGCCGGUGGAUUCCCAAUGAUUAUGGGGUUGCUAGUUUUCGGUGUUCAACACUUGGUAGCCAGUAUCAGGUAAUAUAUGUAAUGGCCAAUUAAUAUUACAUUUAACUAAAGCUGUUAUAUGUUUUGUGUCAAAUAUUAUUGCCUCAAUCCUACAUCUAUUUCAUUUUUUUUAGAUGUACGGGUUGUGCAUUGCGUAGUUGAGGGGAGUUGGAUCAUAUGUAACAGCAUUCAUAAAUAUUUAGUAGACAACUAUUUUUACCAUUGUCAUGCAUGCAUUUAGAAUAAAACUAUUUCACAAAAUGUUCUUUUUGCUUAAUUUACACCAGCGUUGAUUUCGAAGUUGAAGUGUAUGACUUAUUCAAGUUUUUCUCAAGGGUUACCAAAAGUCCAAAUGUGAUUCCCUUUCAUUACACAAACCGUACACCAGAGCAGUGCAAACAAAUAAUGCAAAUUAUAAGGAUUUAAACCUGCAAAACGUGCUUCUAUUGCCAUAUGCAAAUUGGUUAGGGGAAUACACGAAUUCGGUCAUGCUGCCUGAAGAAGCACAUUUGAGGAUCAUGGAUACCAGUCAAGUGUGUUUUUUGGUCAAAAGCGCCACACAACCUAGUCCAUAAUCGUACUUUAAUUCCAUGGUUUACAAAAUUUAACUGAUGGCAACGACCGGAGUUCUGCAUCAGCUGCAGCCUGAUGUUUACGUCCAAAUUCUAAUGUUUCAUCGUCAAUAGCAGGCUAGAGACUAGUUACUUCCUGGUUUUUCUGUACAAGGUGGAUCACUCAACUUCGAUAACUUACAUACGGAUUAGAUCAUCUUUUAUGAAGACUUAAUAUCUGUAAAUUUCAGCACUGAAGUGCUGUCCUAGUUUUGUUACCCCAUACUCUCAAUGAAAGGUGCUUUUCCUGGUCUCUGCUUUGUUUGGCUUGGGGAUGCUUGAUAUCAAACUACAGAUCCAGUACGGGACAGUUUUAAAGUGGUGUAGCGUAUCUGUUAAGUAACGAUAGAUCGUUUACCAGGUGAACAUUUUGUUUACUUUGGAAAUACGCAUAGUAAUUUCUCAAAAUCGACCGGAUUGACCCAAAUGGAUUCAUUGUUUAUCUUCACUGAAAUCUCGUUUCAUAAUUUUUAUUAUCCCAUUUCAAUGUUUUGUUUUUGAAACCA